GAGCCGGAGCGGUCGUGGUGUCAGCUGAGAAGAGAUGGCCUUGGCGUGUCCCCCUGCAGCCUCCACGCAGCCCGCCUUGCCCUCCGGACCCGCUGUCUUCAAAACCGUCCCCUACGUGUUCAUCCUACCGGAGAUACUCUGUGGGACCUGGGUGUGGAUCCUCGUUGCUGCUACCUCCGUCUCCUUCCCGCUGCUGCAGGGAUGGGUGAUGUACGUGUCCAUCAGCUCCUGGCUCAUCUCCCUGCUGUUCCUCUUAAGCUACCUCUUUGGCUUUCACAAAAACAGCGAGAACUGGAAAGUGCUGUUCUUUGCCUUCAUCACGACCUUCCUGUACAUCCUCCACUCCUUCAGCAUCUACUACCAGUGAGCUCAGCAGCACCGGCUUCGCCUGUGCGGGACGAGGGCUUUCCCAGCGCAAAGGAUGCAGAUGUCUUCCGCCAAGGUGUCCCUGCCGCAGCCCUGUCACCCACCCCAUGGGGACGGCGGUUACUUUUUCACUUCAUUGAAGGAGGGAUUUUUGUACAGCGGUGUCGUGUCGGUAUGCUUAUGGGGAUGUUUCGUGCCUUGCCCGUGGGCUACGCAAGGGGAGGGACUGGGUGCAGGCUCCGAGCCAGCCUCCCACUCCGAUGUU